CGAAGGAGCUUGUCUCCCUGUUGCCUUAAGCCUGGAGACCGGGGGUGCUUAGGACCAGAGGUGCUUGCAGACCGGAGGUCGCGGCAGCUUGCUUGCUAAGGUACGAACUAGUGCUGGUAAAUGAACGAACCUGUGAAUUCUGGUAAAUCAACUGACUAUGAAGGGUUCCGAUUUUAUACGUACUGUAGCUAACCGUUACGCUUCUCAACUGCAACUAUGUUACCCCCAAACUUUGGCCUCUUUUUCCUUAGCCAAAACCAUCCACUCUCACAUGAUAACUUUUGGUUUCCACCCACGUGGCCACCUUCUCAACCGUCUCAUUGAUGUUUAUAGUAAAUCAUCAAAGAUUAUCUAUGCUCGCCACCUGUUCGAUCAAAUUCCUGAACCGGAUAUAGCUUCAAGAACAUCUUUGCUUUUAGCUUAUUCUUUAUCAGGUGACGUUAAAACAGCGCAGAAAAUGUUCGAAGAAACUCCUUUGAGCAUCCGAGACAGUGUUUUCUACAACGCGAUGAUCACAGGCUAUUCGCGCAAUGAAGAUGGUAAUUCUUGUAUUGAACUGUUUCGCCAGAUGUUACUUGAUGAAUUUAGGCCCGAUGAGUUUACUUUCACUACUGUUUUAGGUGGAUUGGCUCGUGUUUUCAAUAAAGUAAUGCAAUGUAAGCAAUUGCAUGGCUUAGUUUUGAAGACGGGUACAGGGUUUUUUACUUCGGUUUUAAAUGCACUUGUUUCUGUUUAUGUUAACUGUGGACUAAUGUUUGAAGCUAGGAAGUUAUUUGAUGAGAUAGAUACGAAAGAUGAGUUGUCAUGGACAACGAUUGUUACAGGGUAUGUCAGGAAUGAUGAACUUGAUGCAGCUAGAGAGUUGGUUGAUGGGAUGAGUGAAAAGUUGGCAGUUGCUUGGAAUGCUAUGAUUUCAGGGUACGUACAUUGCAAUCGUUAUGACGAAGCAGUAGAUAUGUUUAGGAAAAUGUAUUUUAUGGGAAUUAAAAUUGAUGAAUUUGCAUAUACCAGUGUUAUUAGUUGUUGUGCUAAUGCUGGAUUAUUUUAUCUUGGGAAGCAAGUACAUUGUUACGUUUUGAGGACAGAGGCUAAGCCUACCCUUGAUUUUUCGUUGCCUGUGAAUAAUGCAUUAAUUACAUUGUAUUGUAAAUGUGAUAAAGUGGAUUGGGCACGGCGGAUUUUUGAUAACAUGCCUGUAAGAGACAUUGUUUCGUGGAAUGCAAUCUUAUCUGGCUAUGUGAAUGCCGGUCGUAUUGAUGAAGGCAGGUUGUUCUUCAGUAAGAUGCCUGAGAGGAACCAUUUAACAUGGAAUGUAAUGAUAUCAGGAUUAGCACAAAAUGGAUUUGGGGAAGAGGGUUUGAAGUUGUUUAACCAGAUGAAAUCAGAGGGUUUUCAGCCAUGUGAUUAUGCAUUUGCUGGAGCAAUCAGUUCUUGUUCCAUGUUAGGAGCACUAGAAAAUGGACGUCAACUCCAUGCUCAACUUGUUCGUUUGGGGCUUGAUUCAAGUCUCUCGGCUGGAAAUGCAUUGAUUACAAUGUAUGCAAGGUGCGGUGUUGUGGAAGCUUCCAAUCUACUUUUCCUUACUAUGCCUUAUUUGGAUUCAGUCUCUUGGAAUGCCAUGAUUGCAGCUCUAGGCCAGCAUGGGCAUGGUAUUCAGGCAUUAGAACUUUUCGAGCAGAUGUUGGAGGCAGGCAUAUCACCUGAUCGGAUUACUUUCCUAACAAUCCUAUCUGCAUGUAGCCAUGCAGGUCUAGUCAAAGAAAGCCAAUAUUAUUUUAAUUUAAUGGAUAGGCUUUAUGGAAUAACCCCAGGUGAAGAUCAUUAUGCCCGUCUUGUUGAUGUGCUUUGUCGAGCUGGAAAGUUCCUAGAAGCAAAUGAUGUGAUUUCAUCAAUGCCUUUUGAGCCGGGCGCGGCAGUUUGGGAGGCUCUUUUGGCUGGGUGUCGGACUCAUGGAAAUGUAGAUUUGGGGAUUCAAGCCGCAGAACGACUCAUUGAACUGAUACCACAUCAUGACGGAAGCUACGUGCUUUUGUCUAAUAUGUAUGCUACUGCUGGGCGGUGGAAUGAUGCCGCAAACGCACGAAAACUAAUGAGAGAUAGAGGAGUACGCAAGGAACCUGGGUGUAGUUGGGUAGAGGUCGAGAACAAAGUCCAUGUUUUCUUGGUUGAUGACACAGUGCACCCUGAGGUGCAAGCAGUGUACAGUUAUCUUAACAAACUGGUGCCGGAAAUGAAAAGAUUAGGUUAUGUUCCGGACACAAAGUUUGUGUUACAUGAUAUAGAGUCUGAUCAGAAAGAACGUGUCUUGUCUGCUCACAGCGAGAAGCUUGCCGUAGCUUUCGCACUAAUGAGGCUUCCUCGUGGAGCCACGGUCAGGGUAUUUAAGAACCUUAGGAUCUGUGGAGACUGCCAUAAUGCAUUCAAGUUUAUGUCAAAAGUGGUGGGAAGAGAAAUUGUUGUAAGAGAUGCAAAGAGGUUUCAUCAUUUUAGAGAUUCCCAGUGCUCUUGUGGUGAUUACUGGUAGGCACAAUUUUUGUGAAAUAUGAUUCAUUUAUAACUUUAAUUUUUAAAAAUCAUUGUAUUAAACCAUUAGAUAAAUUUAUUUUAAUAUAAUUUGUUUAAAAAAAAUUCUUGUCCUAUUUCAUUCUAAUUUAUGAAGAAUAU